AAGGAGGCUAAAAUGGCAGCUGCUAAAUCAUUUAUUGAAGAAUAUACCGAACUGUUGAUGUGUCCUAUAUGUCUAGACAAAGUAAAGACACCAAAGUCACUGACAUGCCUACAUUCAUUCUGUGAAGGAUGCCUAGAUAAAUGGAUUCAAACUGAAAGGGACAGUAGAAAAAAGACCUAUCCUUGCCCAGUAUGCAAGUGUGAAACAGACAUCCCAAAUGGAGGUGCGAACUCAUAUAGAACUAACUUCACCAUGCAGUCAUUGGCUGAAGCCCUCGAGAGAACAAAGAAACAACUAAAUAAAUCUAGCAUAAACUGUGACAUCUGUGCACAGGGUGACGAACUUAGACCUGCUGUCGCUAGAUGUAUUGAAUGUGCUGAGUAUUUGUGCAACACUUGUGACAAAUCCCAUGGUAGAACGAGAUUGUUGAAAUCUCACCAGCGUGUUAAACUAACUGGGGAUAUUGAAAAGGAUUCCAAGAUUGCUAUAGAUGGUCUGGUUCAAAGGAAUAUUGAUUGUACUGAGCACAAUGACCAACCCCUGAAGUUCUACUGUAAGACAGACAAAACCAUUGUAUGUAGAGAUUGUUGUAUCACUGAUCAUUCUGGACAUUCAUGUGUGAAAAUUGAAAAUGUGGCAAAGGAAGAACUACGUAACGUAUCUGCAUUGAUCGGACUAGCCAUCCAAAGGAAAGAUUUACUUGAGAAGCAACUUAAAAACUCAGAAAAUUUGACUGACAUCCAGGGAAAAAAACUCCAGAAACUUCUCAGUUCAAUAAAAUCAGAUCGCAAAGCUAAGAUAACUGAACUUGAAAGGUACUUUGAUAAACUAGAAAGUGGGGCUAAGGAGGUGCAUAAUAACACUGUCAAACAGAUGAAAUCUCAAAGAAGCGAUAUAGAGCUACAGAGGGGCGUCACUGAGAGUACAUUACUUCACCUGACCUCUCUACAAAAACAUGGACAUCCUGUCGAGAUAGUUACCUCAAGUGCUGAUAUCAAACAAAAACUACAAGAUUGGAGCUCAAUGCCUUUAAGUGUAGACUUAAAACCUCAUCUUAAUUCUCUAGAUAUUGGGACAUACAAACCUGGCCACUUGGACGUAUCUAAACUGGGACAAAUUCUCACAUUUACUGAUAAGGCAAGUGAUAAAACUUCAGCGACAUCUUUUCAAAGUAAAAAAAGUCUAAAACUAUGUAGACCAAAUGUAUACAGAAGUGAACAUUUAGUAGCAGAACAGAAAUAUGAGAAUGUCAUAUCAGAUAUUUGUGUGGGUGAGAAUCAAAACAUAUUAGUAGUAGAAUCACCUGAACUCCAGAAUAUGCUUGUGACUUAUGUAAACAAUCACAGAACAUUGAACAAAAAAUCAACAAAGAAAAUCAACUCAGAUGGAGUGUGUACUGCCAAGGAUAAUUGCUAUGCUGUAUGUGAUCGAACAUACAAGUGUGUGGCUAUCUACAAUGAAAACUUGGUACACCAGAGAAACAUUGGUAAUUUCCAAGAUCCAUUUUAUAUAUGUAUGAACUCUGCAGGUGAGCUGCUGGUCAUUGACUCAGCAGCCAAAUGUGUGUACAUUGUUGACUACAACGAUGGCUCUAUACUGGCAACAAUAGGUGAUGGUAUAUUGAAUGGUCCUUCGUUUGUCACAAAUAACAGCAGAUAUUCAGUCAUUGUAUCAGAUGCAUUAACAGACUGCGUAUACAUGUUCAACAGGAAGGGAGACCUUGAAAACAGCUAUGGCACAAAGGGUAGUGGCAAUGAUCAACUCGACUGGCCAUGUGGUGUCUGCACUGACUCACUUGACAACAUCAUUAUAGCUGACUGUAAUAAUGACAGAAUCCACUUGUUGGAUCCCACUGGGAGGUUUAUCAAGUACCUCCUGACCCCAGAGGACAACGUUAAGUAUCCUUAUGCACUUGCAAUCGAUCACAAUGGUGACCUAUUGGUUAGUACCUGGUUAAGUGGUGAUCUCCACUUCAUAAAAUACAUGGCCUAUGAGUAAAACCAAUGACAGAGACGAGACAAUGAAUCAGAUGGAGCAAGGCAAACACGUCACGAAUCAAUUGCAUUUCAUUUAUCUAUUCCUUAAUAAUUUCCUUGUAAUUGCACUCAAGAC